AUGAGGGUUGCUGCAAUUGGUGUUACUGUCAAGCCAUGCACUUGGCCCACGCCUACUAUUCCUAAACUCACUCCCUACUCUGCCCCUUCCACCGCUAUUGACCCUCUAAAGCUCAACGUUACUGAGUUUUCACAUGGAUCUCACUCUAACUCAGCAAAACUAGCCAAGGACUGGAUGGAGUAUCAGGGAAUAAGUAAAUGGCAAGGCUUGCUUGACCCUUUUGAUAAUAUUCUAAGAAGUGAGAUUCUAAAAUACGGGAGAUUCGUGGAAGCAACGUAUCGUUCUUUCGAUUUCGAUCCUUCUUCUCCCACUUAUGCCACGUCUAAGUUCCCCAAGAACUCCAUACUCACGCGAUCUUGCAUUGGAGAUACAGGUUAUAAACCCACCAAGCACUUGCGUGCCACUUCUGGGAUUCAGCUUCCCACUUGGAUUGACAGGGAAUCCACCUGGAUUUCCACUCAGUCCAGCUGGAUUGGUUACGUGGCUGUUUGCCAUGACAAGGAAGAGUUGGCCCGGCUCGGCCGGCGCGACGUCGUCAUUGCCUUCAGAGGCACCGCCACUUGCUUGGAAUGGCUCGAGAAUUUACGCGCCACGCUGACUUGUCUACCCAAUGACAUGUCCAGUGUGGGUCCUAAAGGCGACGGAGCCAAGGUGGAGAGUGGAUUCUUGAGCCUCUACACUUCCGAUAGCGACACUUGUCCUAGCUUGCAGCACAUGGUGAGGGAAGAGGUCGGAAGAGUACUCCAAAUGUACGGCAAUGAACCCCUCAGCAUCACCAUCACCGGCCACAGUCUGGGAGCAGCACUAGCAACGCUUGCAGCGUACGAUAUAAAAUCCACCUUUGGUAAUGCACCAAUGGUGACCGUCAUCUCGUUCGGGGGACCACGUGUCGGAAACCAAAGCUUCAGCUGCGAGCUAGAGAAAAGCGGGACGAAGAUUCUACGUAUAGUAAACUCGGAUGACGUGAUCACAAAAGUACCCGGCUUUGUAAUUGACAGCAAUGAGACGGUAGAGGCAAACAAGGAGGCAGGAUUGCCAGGAUGGGUUGAAAAGCGCGUGCGAGAGACGGAACUGGUUUAUGCAGAAGUGGGACAAGAGCUGAGAUUGAGCAGCAAAGAGUGCCCGCAGCUCAGCAAGGAAGGAGUGGUGAGUUGUCACGAUCUCAGCACUUAUCUCCACUUGGUAAAUGGUUUCGUUGGUUCAAAUUGUCCUUUCCGGGCCACCGCCUUGAGAGUUCUAUAUAAGCAUCAUCCCCAAAAACUGGCAAAGUUGGCCAUUAUCCUUCAAGCUCAGUUCCCACGUAAGAAGGAUUUCCAAGACAAGCAUCAGAGUGGUUUCAAGCUUCAGCUGGGUGUCGGUUUGUGCUUCCAAUCUGGGCUUAGAUUCAGAAAAUGUUACUUUAACUUCAUACCCGGCUCUUGGGUUGAUAGGAGGUCAACCAAGCACCCAUGGGAGCACCUUCAAGCAUUUGGUCCAUCUCAUAAUCAGCCGACAAUGUUCUGGUUUGGUAUUGGCUUGGGUAGUGGCAUGCAUGGACUGGAUUUUGAUACAAAGUUUGAGUUGUAG